GUUCAUGGACAUCAAAUUAAGUUUCUUAUGAUUCAUUACUGUAGACUGUAGUAUUGUUUUUUAAAUUCUAUUCUCAACUGCUAUCUGCAUGUUGAUUUUAAUGUUUAAUAAAUUCUGCUCUAUUUUUUCCUUAAAAGGGUUUUCCAGCAUCUCUUGAAACCAUGGCCUUUCUUUAAAGUUUAACCUUUUGGAUUUUGCACGGGAUAAAGCUGUGCUUUUUGGCAAUAUCCUUGAUGAGUUCCUUUUUAUUCCUUCUUCUGCAUGCUUUUACUUUCACCUGCAAGUUCUGUUUGUUUGUUGAUCUCUUUGAACUCUUUCUUCUUUGUGCAGUCACUUUUCAUAGUUAGAUUUUUUACUUGAACUUGUCUCUUGUGAGGUGUGUGAAUAGGACAAUUUCUAAUGGUUUUAUAGGGAAGGACAAACUGAUGUGGGGUUACUGAAAUGGAGUUGGCGAUGGCAUCGACUUCUUGUGCCAAGCAGAGUCCGACGCUUAUGAAAGAACCAGUUAUGAACUAUGUUCAAUAUCCAGCACCUGGGGCCACAUAUGAGGAUGUUAUAGUUAGUCCUAAACUCUUUAUGGAAACUUUGGAGAAGUUCCAUGCUGCCAUGGGAACCAAGUUCAUGAUCCCUAUAAUAGGGGGUAAGGAACUGAACUUGCAUCGGCUUUUUGUGGAGGUAACAUCUCGAGGUGGCAUCGAGAAGAUUAUUAGAGAGAGAAGAUGGAAAGAAGUGACUGGUGUUUUCAACUUUCCAUCUACUGCCACAAAUGCAUCUUUUGUGCUGCGCAAGUACUAUGGUUCCUUGCUUCAACAUUAUGAACAACUUUACUACUUCAAAGCGCGGAGUUGGAGCCCUGCCUCUCCUGUUCCUUUGCAGAGUUCAUCGAUAUCACAAUGUCCAGCUCAAGUGACUGUUCAGCCGUCACCAGAAUAUCAAGCUGCUGCCGUCAAACAACAAACAGCAAAUAUUCCAGAGCUGUGUAGAGCAAUGCCAGGAUCAUCUGCAAGCACUUCAGUGAUAGGGGUAAUUGAUGGGAAAUUCGAGAGUGGGUAUCUUGUUUCUGUGAUGGUAGGUUCAGAGAAACUCAAAGGUGUUCUUUAUCAGGCGCCGCAGAACCAAUCAUGGCAAGUGCCACAGCCUCGUAGUGUGCCUGCCAACAAUAGUGGUAAUACACAAGCUGUACCAGGUACACGACGCCGGCGCCGCCGAAAGAAAAGUGAGAUAAAAAGAAGGGACCCUGCUCAUCCAAAACCUAAUAGAAGUGGCUAUAAUUUCUUCUUUGCUGAGCAGCAUGCAAGACUCAAACCACUUUACCCAGGGAAGGAUAGAGAGAUCAGUAGGAUGAUUGGUGAGCUAUGGAACAAAAUAAAUGAUUCCCAAAAAGCGGUUUAUCAGGAUAAAGCUCUUAAAGAUAAAGAAAGAUACAAAAUAGAAAUGGAGGGUUAUCGGGAGAGAUUGAGAACGGGGAAAGUUAUUAGUGAUGCGGUUCCACUGCAGCAGUGGUUACCAGGUAAAGAUACUGAGAUGGUGGAAGUGAAUGUUAGUACUGGAGAAACUGGAGGGGGCUCUCCUCAAAAUGAUAGUAGUUCUGGUGAAAGUGAUUCUGAAGAUAAAACUGCAGAGAAAGAUUUGGACAUGGAAGCAUCUCCACUUGAGGGAUUGGGUGCUGAUUCUGGCGACAUGGAUGUGGAGACUUCAGCUGAGGUAACACCUUUUAAGCUACUAUCUAAGAGAGAAGAAAAUGUUAAAGAUGAGGGGGUUGAAAAGCCUGGCAACCCAGCCACUGAAAACUCGGAGACUACUGUACAGACUCUGGAAGAAAACAUACACGGCGGCAAACAUUGACGUUCUCUACCAUGAAGUAGGAUUUACACUUUGAUCAUGUAGGUUUACUUCUUUAUGGUAUAACUACAUAUGAUAAUUUUACCUUUUAGUUUUGUUAAUUGUCCUAGAACUCGUUCCCUUUUGUUUUUCGAAGCCUGCUUGCUAUGGAAGGUAGUGUUAGUCAUGAUGUAGGGCGGAGCAGGAACUUAAUCUAACUUCUGACAGUUUUGUAGUCAGGAGAAAUUUUGAUGCAUUUGUUGAACACUGCGGUUUCAUGCAAACCUAUGCUCUAAUUGCAUUUCCUGGAUUAAUAUUUUAUGAA